GAAGAUAUAUCGUGUGGGCCCAGAGACUGCAAUGGAGCUCAUCCAGCGGCUGGAAAUCCAAUUGAAAGGUAAAAGGAUUACCUCAAUAUCGGCGGAAAAACAGGUUUUGUGUACACUACGCUUCUAUGCCACAGGAUGCUACCAACGGCCUGUAGGGGAACAGUGGGGCAUAUCAAUGAGCCAAUCAUCUAUAAGCCGUUGUAUACAUCGCGUAACUGAUGCCAUAAACAGUGGACUAUUUUUUGAGGAGGUUAAGUUCCCUAUGACGCAGGUGGACCGUCAAGCUGCCAAGUAAGUGUUUGCUUCAGCACCUGCGCCUUUCGUUGGAGGAACUAUUGGAGCGGUAGACUGCACGCAUGUUUCUAUUUUGGGUCCUAAAACUCAUGAGGAAGCAUACGUGAACCAUCAUGGCUAUCACUCGAUAAAUGUUCAAAUGAUAUGUGACCCUAAUUUAAAAAUACUCAACGUCAAUGCUAGGUUUCCGGGAGCACGACAUGACUCUUACAUUUGGAGUUCCUGUCCAGUGCGGCGAGUCAUGCAGAGAGCUUUUGAUAAUGGAAACCGCAACAUUCUUUUGAUUGGCGAUUCUGGAUACCCCUUAGAGCCAUGGCUCAUGACGCCUUUACCGAACCAACCUGAGGGUACUCCUAAGUUUCGGUACAACGAGGCGCUAUGCAAAGCUCGAAAUCCAGUAGAGAGACUAUUUGGAGUGCUUAAAGGAACUUGGCGAUGUUUAUCACAACAACGAGUGUUACUCUACGAUCCUGGUUUUACUGGUAAGGUUGUAAAUGCGUGCUCAACCUUGCAUAAUAUCCGUUUGCGCGAGCAAAUAAAGGAACUCGAUAAUAAUAUAAUAUUAGAAGUAGAAACACAUGUACAUGCAGACGGUACCGACUAUAAUUCAAAUUCGGUAUCUUCCAUGGGAAAACGUGUCCAAGACCGAUUAAUUACUAAUUUUUUCUCCUAAAUACUUUUUUUUUGGGGCAUUUCAUCUAAAAUUAUAAACGCCUCGUAACCACGUAAACUUAAAUAAUUUUGUAUCGUAAACCAGUUUAUUUACAAGUUACGAGGCAUUUAUGCUUUUAGAUGAAUACCCAUUUUAUUUUAAAUUUACAUGUUUAUCUUCGCACUAGUUUUGUCUUCUAAAUACUUAAAGUUUUUUCUUUUAAAUUUACUUACAAUCACUCACAGAAGUUUUCGUAUUAUCGUUUUUCACAAUAUUGAAAAUAUUUUGAAUAUUGAACUAUUUUUGCAAAUUUGUAUUCAAAAUAUACCUCAUUCUAUAAAAAAAACCCUUAGGAAUCAAUCUUGUUAACUUUGUACAAUGUUCACAGAAAUUUAUCAAACUUAAAAAAACGUUCAUCAAAAUUUCAAACUCUUUAUUCAGAAUCUUUAGAAAAUUUUCGAGUAUGUA